CACAUAGCUAUUAAAAAUAAGGAUGGAUUGCUGUGAGCGGGAGCGGGCGACGCGGAGGCUCGGAGUGCGGUCGGAGUCCAGACCUGCUGAAGCCGGACGUGGGGCGUCAGCCUUGGGUCUCCCGGAACCAUGGUGAAGUUGGGGAACAAUUUCGCGGAGAAGGGCACCAAGCAGCCGCUGCUGGAGGAUGGCUUCGACACCAUCCCCCUGAUGACGCCCCUUGAUGUCAAUCAACUGCAGUUCCCGCCCCUGAAUAAGGUGGUCGUGAAAACUAAGACUGAAUAUGAACCUGACCGCAAGAAAGGCAAAGCACGUCCUCCCAAGAUAGCUGAGUUCACCGUCAGCAUCACCGAGGGUGUUACCGAGAGGUUCAAGAACAUGCAGUGCAUCCCAGAAGGCUUGGAGAGCUACUAUGCAGAGCAAGACUCCAACGCCCGGGAGAAAUUUUACACCGUCAUCAACCACUACAACCUGGCCAAGCAGAACAUCACCCGCUCGGUGUGGCCGUGGAUGUCAGUUCUGUCGGAGGAGAAGCUCUCAGAGCAGAAGACUGAGGCUGCUGAGAAAUCCGCUUAGCGAGAUGGGCAGGUUCCUUACAGUGUCACUUGAAGGUAACAAAGGGACUUUGAGGGACAUUUCAUUAGAUAUAAUUACCCAUAAUUUAGAGGUUACUCAUGUAUGGUGCAACUGCUUCUGUUUGCUAAUGCUGCUCUGCAAAUACAGCUUGCUGCAGACCACCCACGGGCAUAAAAUCAAGUGCAUAUCAGCAUUGCUUAAAGAGCUCUGACACCACUUU